AUCUAUUUAAUGAAAAAUAUUAUGGUCAAAUUCAUUCAUGAGAUUUGUUUCAGUUGUUUAACUUACGGUGAACACGUGCUUUUGUAACGAUGAAUAAAUAUGUGAAUUUAAACAUUUUCCUUCAUAUUUAACUUAUAAAUAUACGUGGAAAUUGAUUGUCCUAACCUUCAAAUUUCAAAUACAAACUACAUGUGAAUUUUAAUUAACUAAAUUAUAAUUGAUCAAAAUGAAUAAAAGAAAUAAUGAAAAAGAAAAUAAAUUAAAGUCAGAAUAUGAGGGUGAAUCAAAAAGAGUUUUAUCUCGAUUUAAAUCAGAUACAGGAGAUAUUUUGCCUGGGGGGUUAUUAGAUUUACCUCUAGAUAUUACGACGGAUAAACUUCAAGCUAUUUGCAAUGCAUUACUUCAACAAGAUGAUCCUAUUCCUUUAGCAUUUUAUAUUAAUGAUGUUGAGGUAACUGGAACUUUAGAAGAAAAUUUAACUGAACGUUUUUCGAUUAGCGAAAAUGUAAUUGACAUUAUUUAUCAACCACAAGCUGUUUUUAAAGUACGAGCGGUCACGAGGUGUACAGGAUCCAUUGAGGGACAUAAAGAAGCAGUAAUUUCUGUAGCAUUUUCUCCUAAUGGACAAAAUUUAGCAAGUGGUUCAGGAGACACAACUGUUAGAUUUUGGGAUAUUUACACACAAACUCCUCAAUAUACUUGCACAGGGCAUAAACAUUGGGUAUUAUGCAUAUCUUGGUCUCCAUGUGGUACGAAAUUGGUAUCUGCUUGUAAAAAUGGAUCAAUUAUUCAAUGGGAUCCAAUUACCGGAAAACAAGUUGGAAAAGUUAUGACUGGACACAAAAUGUGGAUAACAGCAUUAAGUUGGGAACCGUAUCAUCGUAAUUCUGGAGUCUGUAAAUUCUUGGUUAGCGCCUCUAAAGAUAGUGAUUUAAGAAUCUGGGAUACAGUACUUGGACAGACAACUCGUGUUCUUGCAGGACAUACUAAAAGUGUUACUUGUGUUCGAUGGGGAGGAAGUGGAUUAAUUUAUUCUGGUUCUCAGGAUAGAACGAUAAGAGUCUGGAGAGCAGAAGACGGCAUUUUAUGCAGAAUUCUUGAAGGACAUGCUCAUUGGGUUAAUACUUUAGCAUUAAAUGUAGAUUACGUUCUUCGAACUGGUCCAUUUGAAAUUGGAGAGAUGAAAACAGAUUUAAAAAGUCUUACAGAACGUGCAUUAAAACGCUAUGAAGCCGUCGGUGAAGAAAUAUUAGUUUCUGGAUCAGACGAUUUUACUCUUUAUCUUUGGAGACCCGAAAAAGAAAAAAAACCAAUUGCAAGGAUGACAGGUCACCAACAGCUAAUCAAUGAUGUUAAAUUCUCUCCAGAUGGACGUAUAAUAGCCUCAGCGUCUUUCGAUAAGUCUAUUAAACUGUGGGAAGCAAAGUCAGGAAAAUUUAUUACAUCAUUGCGGGGUCAUGUUCAAGCAGUUUAUUCGAUAGCUUGGAGUGCAGAUUCUCGGUUACUUGUUAGUGGUAGUGCGGAUUCAACUCUUAAAGUAUGGAGUAUGAAAACUAAGAAACUUGCUCAAGAUCUUCCUGGACAUGCUGAUGAAAUUUAUGCGGUAGAUUGGUCUCCUGAUGGAUUAAGAGUGGUAUCAGGAGGCAAAGAUAAAGUACUUAGAUUAUGGCAAAAUUAAUAAUACAAUAUUUUUUAAAUAAAGUUUUAAUUUAAACUCGAAUAAAAUAUUAU